GGGCCGGGCCGGGGCCGCGACGCCCGCGAAGCCUGGAGCCCGCUGCAGCCGCCACCGGAUCCCGGGAUGGGACGAGAGACUGCGGCGGAAGCCAGCAUCUCCCAGCCUGGGGCUCCGGGGGCCGCGGAGCCAACGCCGCCGCCGCCGCCGCCACCGCCUCUGUUGCCUCCGCUGCUGAGACCAGGCUAGAGAUGGGUGAGUUGACACUGGCGUCACGGGGGACCCGCGCCACAGCCCCUCCAUCCACGCACUCCUAGCCCUCCGCCUUGAACUCCGCGCUGCCGGCACAAUCCCCCCCCCCCCACGCUUUCAGGGCUCCCACAGCCCCCUCCCUCCCUGAGCAUGACCCUAGGGGCGGGAGCGGGAACCCCGGGCCCGGGGGUUGGGGGCUUCGAUACAGGGAGGUGGGGGCCGGAUGCCAGGGAGACUAUUGGGCUCCCACUCCCACGCCCAGGCCCAGCGUGGCACUGUGAACGGAGGGGGGGGGGCUCCGGUGGGUGGUGGGGCAGGGUCCGGAGCUGCCAAGCCAGGCGGGAGCUGGCACCUCUGCUCGCCGCGCUGAGGCCUGCCUUUGGCACCCCUCUCGCCACAUACGCCCAUCCCAGGUGGCCCCUUCCCCGCGCCGCGUCCCAGGGUGCAGCCUGUCCGCCGUGCCUGGACUGCGGGAAGGGGUGGAGGUGGGGCCGGGACGCGGGGCUAUGGGCCGGGCGCGGGGCCGCGAUGCCCGCGAUGCCGGGCGCAUGCCUCAGCCUCCACCCGAGCCCGGGAUGGGGUCAGAGGCUGCAGCAGACGCCAGCAUCUCCCCGCGGGGGCCUCGAGGUCCGCGCAGCCAUCGCCGCCGCCGCCGCCGCCGCUGUUGCCUGCGCUGCUGAGACCAGGCUGGAGAUGGACUCUGCAGGAGCUCGAGAUGGGGUGAGAGGCUGUAGCAGACGCCAGUAUCUCCCCGCUGGGGCCUCGAGUGCCGCGCAGCCAUCGCCGACGCUGCUGCUGUUGCCUCCGCUGCCGAGACCAGGCUGGAGAUGGGUGAGUUGACCCUGGCGUCCAGGGUAACCCUAGCCGCAGUCCCUCCAUCCCCGCACUCCUGGCCUUCCGCCUCCAUCUCUGGGCUCCCGGCCCAACCCCCACCCCGCCAAGCCCUCAGGGCUCACACAGCCCACUCCCUCCCUGAGCGUCACCCUAUGGGAGGGAAUGGGAUCCCCAGAAACAGGGAUUGGGGGCAUAGAGACAAGGAUGUGGGGGCGGGAUUCCAGGGAGACUACUGGGCUCUGAUGCCCCCUCACCCAACCAGGCUGGCCCUAGGACCUUUCCCAGGCCCUGGAGGGCAAAGCCUCAUGCCUUAGAUCCCCUCCCUAGGCCUGGGCAGGGGCGUCCCCUAGGCGCUGGGCUCAAAAGGCUCUUUGUGAGCUGUGCCCCCCACUCCCCAAGCCUCCAGCUUGGGGGUCGUGGA